AUGAACCUAUCAGGAGGAGGAACAGGAAGUUCACAUACAUUAAGAGGAUCAUCACCAUCUCAUCAAUAUAUUCCAGUAAAACGAAUACAUAGUACAUCAUCUUCAUUAUCAUUAUCAAUUAUGGAUCUACGUGAAUUAACGAAUACAGUUCAAGAAUUAAAUAAUAAUUUUAAACAAAAUAUUAAAAUUCUUACAGAAAUUAAAGAUAAUAUAAUUAAAAUAUGUGAAAAACAAAAUACAAGACCAAUUGAAGAUAAUUCAGGUGUACAUAAACUCAAUAGGAAAUUUUUUCAAAAGAAUUCUUCAAUGAAAAUAAUUUAA